AUGGGGCGAUUUCACCGGCGCCUAGUCAUUAUUAGCCUUUGCAGCACCGUGGUCCUGAUCGCUUUUAGCGUGCUUAUUAAGAACACAUGGACGCCCACACCAUCUACGGAAUUCGAAGAGUCUCUUUCUAUUAGGACCCUUAAGGAGAGAGAAUACAACAUGCGGUUUCUGGAGGAACGUGAUGUUCGUGUCGUUGCUGCAGUGUCUAGAACAUACCUGUGCGACUACAGAAAGAACAUCACGCUGUUACCUUUAGGAUGUGUUGUGCCCUGCGGCAAUGACGGACAGGAAAACGGCGGUGACUUCAACUGCCACAUACUAAAGCAAGGUCGCAAAGAGGACAUUACGCUAGCAGAUAUUACAGUAAGCCACGUUGGGCCUGCUCCCAUACGUUACCCCACCAGUAAACCUUACAUUACUCUCUACUAUACAACCGAAAGCAAUAAAAGUGACACAAUAGGGGGUAACGAGUCGUACCAACAGCAGUUCGACAGGGUUGUGUCUUUUCACCAGCACAGGCAGAACUACUUCACGUGGACCCAUCACUAUAAGCCCUACUUCAUGGACAUACUGCGGAGUAACAACAAGGAUGGCGGUGAGGCUCAGAGU